AUGGAGAUCCUCAACUGUCUCAAUUUGAAGAUCUACUACGAUGUCUACGUAAGAGAUCCCGCCAACCCUUGGCCUCACCGCUACAUUCUACAGGACAUCGUACAGGCAUUCAUGACCAUGGGCUUGUUUUUCCCAAACGUAGAGGUAACGUCCAUUGUACAAGAACAUCCUGGAUCCAGGGAGGGACAGGCUUUCAGGAACAGCAAGAUCCUCGAUCCGGAAGCUCGUCGUCAAGUGAGACCAGACGCGCGUACAAGAACCAGUUGUGCUUAUCGGCCAAGGAAGUUCUGGGAUGGGUGGGAAAAUAAAGUCUAUACAGGAGAUGACCUGUACAUUGACAAAUUCCCAUUUGAUUGGAACAUGGCCAUCCGGCCCAUCAUCGCAAAGUUUUACCGAGCUGGCAUGAUUGGACCCGCGUGCGUCGAGCCUCGCCCCGAUGUGGUCCCUGGAUUCGCGACAGCAAACACGGAGCAGCACCGGCCAGAUAAGCUCGAUCUCUUCAUCAUGUACAGCAGCACGGACGAGUUUGUCCAAGGCAUGCCCCCAUCGUUCAUCGACUACCGAGACUGGCCAGAGCUGCUGCCGGCCGCAAGAAGGUUUGCAGCGAUCUACAAGACGAAGACACCACGGUUUGCCCUACUUCGCCUCUGGUCAGCUCCCCAUUUCUACCCUCUCAUGAUGCUGCUGCCCAUGCGGCAAGCCGUUUCAUUUUUAGAUCCCGUGAGGCGAGCUUGGGAGUGUAGUGUUUAUUCCAAAGGACGUGCCCAUGAGCGAAUGGAGUGUACACAACACAACGAUGUUGCGGCUCGGGUUCCUUCGUGAGCAAAUGAUGGGUCUCGGACCCGGUUUCCAAGACGCCGGUGGACAAAUCCAGAGGCCGUUUAUGGGCCGAAACGAAGUACAGCGCUAAAGACAAAUUCAGUUAUGGCUAUUCUGAACUGGAUGACAAGACCUUGCGCCGGGGCGAUCUGAUUUUGGUCAUGGGAGGCGAUGAGAAGGACUUGCUCAAAUGGUGCACUGCUGUGACUUUGCCAUGCAGACCAAACCGUGGCUGCGCGAAGCUGACCUGUGGAAGAGCUUCAUCAACGUGGACUUGGCGUUCUUGGAGAGCCUAGACUCACACUGGCUGGAAUGAUUAUGCUCGAAGCUUGAUGUAUGUUUGGGUAUCAACUUGUGUGUUCCGUGCUUGGGAUAGCCCUCAAGCCUUUUGAAAUAUCAACAGCAGGCUCUUCUUCGUACUGUUUGAAAAACGCACGUAUGUAUGUCGUAAGUCCUCAUGAAUACGAAGCAUGAGUCACUCUGCAACAAC